UCUGUGUUCAUUAUGACAAAAUUAAUUUGUGUUUCGUGUGGAACUAAGUCAAGCUUUAGAUCUAUCUGCAAAUUACAUAGGUUAUAGAAAUAUGAAAGAUUUCAUUUUUAUAUCUAUCAAGCGCGUGCAUUUUUUUUUUCUUUUAAUCUUUCACUUAUUUGAAAGGGAAGGGUGCUUACUAUCUGAGUAACCUCCUCUUGUCACGGAAAUUUUGGUUGAUCAAUAAAAGAUCUCCUUGAAACAUGAUGAUCUUGUGUAUGGGAAGAGGAAAGAUAGAGAUAAAGAGGAUAGAGAACAACACAAACAGGCAGGUUACAUUUUGCAAGAGAAGAAAUGGAUUGUUGAAGAAAGCCUAUGAACUCUCUGUUCUAUGUGAAGCUGAGAUUGCUCUUAUUGUUUUCUCCACACGUGGACGCGUCUAUGAAUACUCUAACAACAACAUUAAGGCAACUAUUGAACGAUACAAGAAGGCAACUGCUGAAACCUCUAAUGCUUGCACCACUCAAGAGCUCAAUGCUCAGUUUUAUCAACAAGAAUCAAAAAAGCUGCGCCAACAGAUACAAAUGAUGCAGAAUUCAAACAGGCAUCUGGUUGGUGAAGGAUUAAGUUGUUUGAACGUAAGAGAGCUGAAGCAGUUGGAAAAUAGACUUGAACGAGGCAUCAGCAGAAUCAGAUCAAAAAAGCAUGAGAUGAUACUGGCUGAAACUGAGAAUUUGCAGAAGAGGGAAAUUCUACUGGAACAGGAGAAUGCAUUCCUUAGAUCAAAGAUAGCAGAAAAUGAGAGGCUUCAGGAACUAAGCAUGAUGCCAGCAGCAGGAGGACAAGAUUACAGUGCAAUACAGCAAUAUUUAGCAAGAAAUAUGCUUCAACUUAAUAUGAUGGAAGGCCAAGGAGUCUCUUCCUAUGAUCCAUUGCCUCCUCCUCAUCAUGACAAGAAGUCCCUUGAACUUCAGUAGAAUAAAAUCCCCAGCAAGAGGUUUGAGAAUUUUACAAAAGAACUUUUAAUGUCUACAACCUAUCAAGUAAUCUCUAAUGACUGUAUGUUGCUUAAAUUAGUACCUUAUUUUGUGUAUUUGAAUUGUUUGUUUUGGGAUUUGUAAGAAAUUUGAACUUAUGAUGA